AUGCAUACAUAUAAUUAUGAGAAAAAGAGGUUCGCCGACCCCCCUACUGACUACUACCUCAGACCCUACUACCUGGCCAUGGACUCUAAGACUAAGGACGAUUGCUACUUGGGUCGAGUGGAACUGGAAGUAUAUUACGAAUAUUUGUUGGACUUUAUCCGUGCAAUCUCAUCAUUGUCCAGCGCUUACACCACUGAGACCUAUGGCACCGGGACUUAUAACUACUACAACAGUGGACAGACUAGACGCUGGAGUGGAACCGGUACUUCAAACGGCUAUUAUGGGGUAACUGGCCAACCAGGAACUGGACGUUAUUACUAUGGCGGUACCACUUAUAGACCGGGUGGGUACACAAGCUCCCAGCGCAGUGGGUAUACUAACUACCCGUAUGGCACUGGUAGCCCCGGUUAUGGGGGUCAUACUGGCACCUACCGUGUGUAUGGCACUGGUAGGCCCUUCACAGGUGGAUACUACCAAGGAACUACUCGGGGUCAUUAA